AUGCCUCGCUCGGCACACCAUGAUGAGGAAAGUGAGUCUCGAACCGCUUCCGUCGGUGCAAAACGUAGCCACUCUCGCCGUCAAGGUCAAGUGAAUUCCUCCUUACCUCAUUCUGCCGUCGAGUCUGCCUCUGCGUCCGAGUCCUCCAGUGACCACGCCGUGAUGGGUACCAUUCUUUCGCAUCCUGUUGAACAGGCCACCUGGCAGGAACCAGAGCCUUCUACUUCUUCAGAUCACCAUGAGAUUGAAGCCGACAUGAAUUCUACAUCACAAGGUCUAGGCAAUAAUCGCCUUGCCACUGGCUUUCGUAAACCUCGCCCUACCCUUUCUGGUGACAGUGCUUCCGCACAAAGUGCGCGGGACAGUCCUUCGGAAGGUGUGCUGAGUUCUGCCGAAUCUCUGGGCGAUGUCGUUGAGAUCUCUUCAGACGAGGAUGAGUCCUCUGAUGGCGGCGGAAUGGUCAUCAAUCUCGACAGCGGCAUACACUCUGACACAAUGGUCAUUGAUGAUGAGGAGGAGGAGGAGGACGAGGACGAAGGUGAAGAAGGGGAGAUUUCUGAAGAUGAAGCUGUUGAGUCACACCCACAUAAAGGAGAUGCCUCCAGACCCUUGUCCUCACCAGGUCAAGCCGCUCACCAACAGCUGCAGGCCGAGCUGGAGCAAGUCGCCAGUGCAUUUCCGACCAGCUAUCCUACGCCCCCUGAGCCGGCGCAUCCCCGUCGCUUCCGAACCCUAGCAGAUCUGACACCAGAAGAGCUGGAACGUCAAUUGAAAUAUGCUCUUUUCGAUCUUGAUCAUGAUCACAUCGACCUUGAUCGUCCGGCAGUUUGUCUUGGUUGCUUGCAAGAGGGCCACACCGAAGAAAGCUGCCCCGAGAAGACAUGUGUGUACUGUGCAGCCACCGGUGAGCAUUCGAGCCGACUUUGCCCACAGGUCCGCCGGUGCUCAAAGUGCAGGGAACGAGGACACAUCUCUCAGUCAUGUCCCGCUGGCCUCAAAGUGACUACUAUCCCAUGCGACCUUUGUGGUGCGCUGGGGCACCAUGAAGAAGCCUGCCCACAACGAUUCUUUCCUUUCGAAACCACCAACAGCACUGGCUCUCUCGAGCUCUGGGUGUCUUGUUGCAUUUGUGCCAGCAAAUCACAUCUGGUUGGUGACUGUCCAGAGGCGGAUCGAGCUACUACAACUAGAUGGUCUUUAAAAUCGUUCGCACCGUCGCAGAUCGUGAACCUGAGUCUGGAACCUGGCACCAAGCAAAGGGAGAUACAGGCGUCCAAUCGAGGGUUGCGUCCUGACGGCCUUCGGAUCAGAGGUCGUGCUGGUUUCCAUACUGCCGGUCUCUCAGGCUCUGGUCAGCCAUCCGAUGAUGAUAGCGACGAGCAAUUCCUGCACCCAAGAGUUCCCAACCGGAACAACUCGAGUCGAAACGAUUUCACGUUUCGCCAUUCUCAACGGCUACCUGGCCCACCAUCUCGUGAACGUCGGGAUAACCAGUAUGACCGGUUUCAACAAGCCCCUGAUCAUCGAGGCUUCCACAAUCGGCCGCCAAACAACUGGUAUUCGACGGACUCUUUUGGUCACCCAACCCCUCGAUCUCCGCCUUCUACAGGUGGUCGAAAUGAUGACCAGUGGAGUCGUGGGGCUGACCUGAGGAGACGCUCCCGAUCACCACGUGGAUUUGAUGGGUACAGAGCUCGGCAAAGGCGAUCCCCUUCUCCACGAUAUCGUGGUGGCACUCAAACCGAGUCCGCGAAGGCAUCUGAUCACCCUGUUGGCUUCCGUGGUGGUCCAUCCAGCCAGCCAAGGCCCGGCGUGGCCAUCCAGCUGCCAGUGCGCAGAGGAUCGAACAACUUAUUGAAUCAACGCCCAUUCCCACGUGCCUCUGAAAACUCUGGGCCGGCACAACCGACCUCGGGUAAGGAAAGAGCGAACUUCCCGAAGAAGAAGAAGUCGAAGAAGGGGAAGGUAAACGCUUAG